AUGAGUUCUAUAACGCGCAUGUCCCCGCUGGACUUGCUGUCUAUGAACCGGACAAAUCUAGAUCCAUUAACAGAGAACUAUGAUUUGGGGUUCUACCUGAACUACCUCACCCGAUGGCCAUCGCUCUUCAGCGUGAUUAAGGAUCGCGAAGCUGGCGUGGUGGGAUACAUUAUGGGAAAGCUUGAGGAACAACACCCCUCAAUGCGCGCCUCCGAGCACUACACCCCAUGGCACGGACACAUCACAGUCUUGACCGUCGCACCUGACUGGCGCCGAUUGGGUUUCGCCAGCCGUUUGACAGAGCAGCUGGAGCAUGGUUCCGAUAUCAACGACUCCUGGUUUGUUGAUCUGUAUGUUCGGGCGGGUAACAAAGUUGCGAUAGAUAUGUACAAAGGAAUGGGAUAUUCCGUAUUCCGGCGAGUGGUCAAUUAUUACAGCGAUGAUCCAACGGGGAUGUCCGAAUCGGGAGAAGACGCAUUCGACAUGCGGAAACCUUGCAGUCGAGAUAAGAAGUUGGAGCAUGUGCGGGACAAGGGUGAAGACUUUUUAGUGAGCCCUGAGGAUGUCUCGUAG